AUGCCACGCCGUUGCCACGACUGCACAUACUCUGAGACAUAUAAAGACCUCCGGUCUGAGAAACGCGGCCGGAAUCGACUCUCGAAGCAAUCUGCCAAAUACUAUGGUUACCGCGGUGUACAGCCCAGCUGGAUCGACCAAGAGUACCUCUCCUUCACCAACACUCCUCGACAGCAUUUCUACCCAAAUUUCAGUAUCUUCGUCAGCUCGGCCCCGCUCGUUACAGAGCCCACCCAUGCGAAGGUGGCAAUGUGGACAAAGCGCGACAUGUGGCUGGACCGAGGUGUGGACAUCUGGCCGCUCGACAUCCGGCACCACCGGGGGAGAAGAAUCAGGGAGAAAUACUCCUUCAAGUGGAACGAGCUGGAGUUCGGUCGAAGGAUGAAGCAGAAAUCCCGAUGUCUCGAAUUUGCCGCUCAAGACGGCGAACUCCUGGCGACGGACGACGAUGCCGACACGAUGUAUUGGGACUUUGAAGAAAAUUGGGACUUUGACCUUGACGAGGGUCGCAACGAUCAUGACGAACGGCCCCCUCGAUAUGUUGGUCUGGAUGGCGAAUGCUAUCCUGAAGACAGUCCCGAUCUGGUCGAACCCGACGACCCUAUUGGACCCUGGGAAAGGGAACUCAUAGAGCUUUACUGCGACACCGGCGAUGGAGAUGAUUUCAGCGUCAUUUCAGAGCGGGAAGUAUUCGAUUCUCUGCCGUUAUCUUCAAUUGAAGAUGACUAUGAGGUGGUGUCAUGGUGGGAUGCGGAUUGUGUAGCGACAUGA